AACAAUCUCUGGACGCAAGGCAACUCUUGCUCAACCCGCAAUCAUGAAAUUCUCCCUCAUCGCCGUCAUUGUUGUUGCUCUGGCCAUCGGCUCUGAGUCAGCAUCUCUGGUCAAGAGAGACGCUCCUGCUGAGCUGGACAAGAUCGCCAAGUACUUCCAGGAUUUAGUGGACAAUCUGAAGAACGUUGAGGGUGCUGAGCUGGCCAACAAGGCCAAUGCUUACCUGGAGCAGAGCAGAGCUCAGUUUCAGCCCAUGGUUGAGAAGCUCCAGGAGCAGCUGAAGCCCUUCUCCGGCAACAUUGAAGAGCAGAUCAAGCCUCUGGCUGCCUCCGUCCAGUCUCAGGUUGCGCCGCUGGCCGGUAUGGUCCAGACCCACGUUGAGGACAUGAUCAAAUUUGUUGCUGACCAGGCCAAAGCCAUGCUGCCACCUCAGUAAACCCACAGGAAUCUCCAAUACACAGUUCUCUUGCAUUUUGUCACAGUAUUUUUAUUUGUAUGCUGAUGGUUUUGUUUAAAUAAAAAAAUGAUUAAAAAGUGA